AUGUCCUUGGACCUCAUUGUUGAUUCCAAUCCUGACGAUGGAGGAACCGAAGGAGUAGGGAGAGCAAGUGAUAGAUCUGGAAAAAUGGACGAUGGAGGAGCGAGAGGCAGAAGUGGAAGACUUAAUGGUGAUGCUCCAGAAGAGAAUCUAAAAAUAAGUGGUGAAGAUUGGACCGCUGAGAGAACUGUGGUGAAGAUUGGACCGCUGAGAGAACUGGUAAUGAAGGGUUUAGAUCAAGUGAAGAUGAGAAGGGGUACAGUUUUAACAAUUGCUGAUACUAUUUUUGUCAUCCUCUUUUCAAACCUUGUUAGCAUAUUCAAGAUUCAGAACAAGGGUUCUAAGGUUGGUACAAUGACACCUAUGGAUCAAGUACUUUGGAGGACCAAUUUGCUAGAGGCUACUCUCAUGGGGUUCUCUCUUUUCCUUGCGUUCUUAAUUGAUCGAGUGCACCAUUAUAUGUGGAAAUUGAUCAAAUUUAGGAGUAAUUCUGGAGACUCGAAACAAGAGGUCGAGAGGCUUGAGAAAGAAAAGUUACAACUGAAGGAAAAGGAAGAGAAAGCUUCUGAAGAAGUAAAACGAUUGCAGAAAGAAAUCUCUAGUUUGAUGGAGAAUUUGAAUAAACUUAAGUCAGAGUCUGCAGAAAAAGACAAGAAGGUGGGAACUGCUGAAGCUCAUGUCGUUGCUCUCCAGAAACAAGCUGCAGAUCUGCUUCUCGAGUAUGAUCGUUUAUUAGAAGAUAACCAGAAUCUUCAAAACCAAGCUCAUGGUUUUCGAAGUUGA